CAAGGAGGAAGGGUUUCCAAUCCUUCUAAGCACAAGGAAGGGUUUUUCAGAGCUUCAACCACCGACAAUGGCGGUGGAAAAAGAGCUGUACGUGAGCUCAAAAGCGGAGCUGAAGCGGAAGGAGAAGCAGAAGAAGAAGGCCAAGUCCGGAGGGUUCGAGUCCUUAGGCCUCAGCCCCGAUGUGUACAGGGGAGUCAAGCGCAAGGGCUACCGAGUCCCCACCCCGAUUCAGCGCAAGACCAUGCCACUCAUUCUCUCCGGCGCCGACGUCGUUGCCAUGGCACGCACCGGCUCCGGAAAGACCGCCGCCUUCCUCGUCCCCAUGCUCGAGCGCCUCCGCCGCCACGCCCCACAGUCCGGCCCCAGAGCUCUUAUCCUGUCUCCCACUCGCGACUUGGCGCUCCAGACCCUCAAGUUCGCCCAGGACCUCGGUCGCUUCACGGAUCUUAAUAUUAGUUUACUAGUUGGUGGUGAUAGCAUGGAGAGUCAAUUCGAAGAAUUAGCAAAUAGUCCUGAUAUUAUAAUUGCAACACCCGGUAGGCUCAUGCAUCAUUUGUCUGAGGUUGAUGAUAUGUCAUUGCGCACGGUGGAAUAUGUUGUUUUUGACGAAGCGGAUUCUCUUUUUGGCAUGGGUUUUGCUGAGCAGUUGCAUAAGAUUCUAGUGCAGCUGAGUGAGAACCGUCAGACCUUGCUUUUCAGUGCCACUUUACCCAGUGCCCUUGCGGAGUUUGCCAAGGCAGGUCUGCGAGAACCUCAGCUUGUACGACUUGAUUUGGAUACUAGAAUUAGCCCUGACCUCAAGGUUGUCUUUUUCACUUUAAGACAUGAAGAAAAAAAUGCGGCACUGCUGUAUUUGAUAAGGGAGCAAAUUAGUUCUGAUCAACAGACGUUGAUAUUUGUUUCAACAAAGCAUCAUGUGGAGUUCCUCAAUAUGUUGUUUAGAGAAGAGGGAAUCGAGCCUUCUGUAUGUUACGGUGCUAUGGAUCAAGAUGCUCGCAAGAUUCAUGUAUCAAGGUUUAGGUCAAGAAGGACUAUGGUGCUAAUUGUGACGGAUGUUGCUGCUAGGGGCAUUGACAUUCCAUUACUUGACAAUGUUAUCAAUUGGGACUUUCCCCCAAAACCUAAAAUUUUUGUCCAUAGAGUAGGACGAGCUGCAAGAGCAGGUCGGAUUGGUACUGCAUUUUCUUUUGUGACAUCUGAGGAUAUGGCUUACCUUUUAGAUCUUCAUCUAUUUCUCUCAAAGCCUAUUAGAGCUGCACCGAAUGAAGAGGAGGUUUUGCAGGAUAUGGAUGGAGCCAUGUCCAAGAUUGAUCAAGCAAUUGCAAAUGGAGAAACUGUCUAUGGGCGUUUCCCCCAGACUGUUAUCGAUCUUGUUUCAGAUAGAGUUAGGGAAAUAAUUGAUUCUUCUGCUGAGCUGAGUUCUUUGCAGAAAACCUGUAUAAAUGCAUUUCGCUUGUAUUCGAAGACAAAACCCUUACCUUCAAAGGAGUCCAUUAGAAGAGCAAAGGAUUUACCCCGUGAAGGGUCUCACCCAAUGUUCAGAAGUGUACUGGGAGGUGGAGAGUUAAUGGCAUUAGCAUUUUCUGAGCGCUUGAAAAUGUUCAGACCCAAGCAGACCAUUCUUGAAGCUGAAGGAGAAGCUGCUAAAUCAAAGCAUCUGCAGGGUCCUUCUAGUCAAUGGGUUGAUGUAAUGAAGAAAAAAAGAGCUAUUCAUGAAGAGAUUAUUAAUUUAGUACAUCAGCAACGAUCUAACAAUCAUGUGGAGAAGGAAAUCAGUCCUGAGAUUGAGUCUUCCAAUGAGAAGGAGAAAAAAGCUCGCGGGCCUAAAAGAAAGGCAAAGGUCUUCAAAGAUGAGGAGUACUAUAUAAGUUCGGUACAAACAAAUCAUCAUAUGGAAGCAGGACUCGCAGUAGGAGCUAACCAAGACUUUGGAUCAAAUAGGUUGGAAACUGCUGUCCUGGAUCUAGUUGGAGAUGAUGGUGCGAGCAUGCAGAAACAAAAAUCUCACUAUCAUUGGGACAAGAGGGGUAAAAAGUAUGUCAAGCUAAACAAUGGCGAUCGUGUCACAGCUAGUGGAAAGAUAAAGACAGAGAGUGGUGCAAAAGUACAAGCUAAGAAAACUGGGAUAUAUGAGAAGUGGAAACAACGGUCGCAUAAUAGAAUAUCUCUUAAAGGAACCAAUAGUGAUGGGAAUACUGAGGAAUCCGCAAGCAUGCCAGGAGGUCGUAGGUUUCAAGGAAAUAAUAGAAAGUUUAGGGGGAACAAGCAGCAGCAUUCUGUGCCUAAUGCUCAUGUCCGUUCAGAAAUUAAAGAUCUGGAACAAGUUCGGAAGGAGAGACAGAAGAAGGCAAACACAAUCUCCAACUUGAAGGGAAAAUCUAGUAAGGGUAAAAAAUUUAACGGAAAAGGAAAAAGAGGAAAGGGCCGAAAGGCAAAGUAGUGUUGAGUCCUCCAAACAUGAUUUUGUUUUGUUGUGUCCAAGAUUUUUAUAGCAGAGCCAGGAAAGGGGCCCAGAAAUUUUUUGACUAUGUAUUUUGUGGCUAUGUAUUUUGUUGCACAAGUCAACAACCAACUAUGCUUUUAGUAGAAUUAGAAAGAAAAAAAAAAUGCAUGUUAUAUUUCUUUAA